AUGUCAUUCGCAAGCGUCGCCCCAGACUGGUGGUGCACACCUCCCCGCGUUGACCCCAACAACGUCAGCUACAGGGACAACACGACGUUCCAGCAGUGUCCCAAGGGUGAUAACAACUCCUGCACCUAUGUAUACGCCCAUGAUAUGAACACCGUCAUUAAUCAGUGGAACCUUGUCUGUGACAAAGACACAAUUGCGGCAACAAUGACGUCAAUUCAGAUGGCCGGCGUCAUGGCAGGUGCGUUUUUGGGAGGACAGUCAGCUGAUGUCAUUGGAAAGAAGAGGACCUACUACCUUGGGAUCCUUUUACACGGCGUGUGCAACAUUGGAGCUGCUUUCUCGGUGUCUUGGCAAAUGUUUGCCACUUUCAGGUUUUUCAUUGGCUUCGGGAUAGGCAUAUUCUUCACAACUUCAUAUCCAUAUGCGAUGGAGUUCGUGGGUACCAAAUGGAGGUCGGUUUGUUCCUCGCUGCCUCUCUGGGCGUGUGGAGUUGGGUUGAUGGCUUUGGCAAAGUGGCUGCAGCCAGACUGGCACAACCAACACCUCAUCAACGCAGCUCUGCACAUCCCUUUUUUCCUGGGCUGGUUCAUCGUCCCAGAAAGCCUCCGGUGGCUGACUGUGAAGGGACGGCUUGAGGAGGCGGAGAAGGUGGUCGAGCAGAUGAGUCGAUACAACCGGAAGGAGAAAUCUCCCAACCCCGCAGAGAUGCUAAAACGGGUUGCAGAGGAGGAAAAUACAUUGCGGGCAUCGGGCACUAAGUACACGUACCUCGACCUUUACAAGGGCUGGAGCAUGUGUUGGAGGUCACUGAUCAUCCAGUUCAUCUGGGCUUGCAUGUCGCUUGUGUACUACGGUCUAUCAUUUGGAGUCGGUUCUCUGUCAGGAAGCCCCUACCUCAACAUCUUCCUUAUGUCCAUUGUCGAGGUACCAGGCACCAUGCUGACGUUCGUCCUAGCUAACAAAAUUGGAAGGAAGUUGACAAGCAUCCUAUAUUUUGGGAUCGCUUCAAUUGCUGCAUUUGCUGUACCCGUGGUGUGGACAUAUGAUCGAAUACUGCUCCAUAGUUCCUGGGAGGUGGCGGUGGUGGUGGUGGUAGUGAUGGCAUAUUAUAACGGUCACUUGGACCAGAAGUAG